AUGGCGCCCAAGGGUCCUUACAAGCUGGUGACCGUCAACACGGCCCCUGAGCGCGCGAAGCGCCUCGUCGGCCGUAUGAUUGAGGCUCUCAAGGACCGGUACACGAUUGAGCAUGUUGCAAACUGCGAGAGGAUAGAUGAGGUCGAGGGCAAGGUCAAGGAGCACAUGCCUGAUGUCCUGUUCUGUGCGUCAAUGUGGACUGCGGAGGAGGCCAACCAGAUCCUGUCGACGGCGAGGUCAAUCAAGCCAGACAUCAAGACGCACGCCAUUCCGCAUGGACUGCAGGUUGAGAGGGGCCCUGAUGCUAUUGUUGAGCACCUUCUUGAGGUCGUUCCCCCGUUGAUUGACCAGUAA